AUGAAAGCCCAAGGGUGCGCUUUUCUGGCCUUGUCGGCCUUGUUGGCCGGCAGUGUCACGGCACAGUUUAACCCCAGCCCACCGCCUGGGUCUGGUAAUAGUAGGCCUGGUGGUAGUCCCGGCGGCUUCAACCCUUCACCACCACCUGCUCCUGGUACUGGCGGCAGCCCCGGAGGUUUCAAUCCCUCCCCGCCACCUGCUCCUGGUACUGGCGGCAGCCCCGGAGGUUUCAAUCCCUCCCCUCCACCUGCUCCUGGUUCUCCGCCGCCAGCGCCCGGGACGCCACCCGCUGCCGGCUUUGGCUGCCCCAACCCCAGGGGCCAAUUUAACCCUUCGCCUCAACCAACAAAACAAAUUUCAUGCCCCAACAGUGAUGGGUCGAUCUAUGAAGCGGAUGACGGUACAUGGUAUCAUCUUCAGUGCUGUGUCGCGAGAGAUCCAAAUGCACUCUCAUUAGGUGCUCCGGCAGCAUCUAGUUAUGAUCAGUGUCUGCAAGAAUGCUCCAAAGUGGACGCCUGCGUCGCUGCCACAUUCAAUCCUAUCGAAAACAAAUGCCAGCUUUGGGAUUUCGGCACUUAUUCCGCGAUCGGACAAGACUCACAGCUCUAUGCUUGGGUUACUGAUCCCCCUGUGCAAGUCACCCCCAAGAUGUCUAGCCGGCUCUGCUCCACGACCUGUCCCGAGGCGGAUGGACAGAUCUAUGUCAGUAAAUAUGGCGAAACGUUCCGCAUGGACUGUGAGAAACGCCAUGGAACCCAGUAUCUCGACAGACAAUCCGUUGAUUCCUUUGAAGAAUGCAUUGAAGCAUGCGGGGCGGCGCCAUCGUGCAGCAGCGUUGAUUUCGACCAGAAGAGAAAUACCUGCUAUCUGAGCAUCGAUGGAGGAUCUCCUACUCUCCAGGCUCGCACCUUCGCUAGCGCCCACUCUGUGGGUUGCGCUGGCGCAUGUGACAGAUGCAAUGAUAAAUGCUCCACUCCCGCUAAGAAGCCCGAGGAUCCAGGCAAGUGCACUAAUGACAAUGCUAUAGUAGCAGCAUCUGGAUACGCAUUUAGAGUUCACUGCAACCAGUGCCUUUACAGCACGUCCGGACCAGGGGUCCCGGAGGCAAAAAAUCACCAGGAAUGUAUGGAGGCCUGUGUAAAGGAUGAAAGGUGCGGCGGAGUCAACUGGAGGAUUAGGGAAGGUUGUGUUCUGAGAUAUAAUCCGACAUCGGGUCUACAUGCAGACGGAGAGUGUACGGCAGCCUUCACUAAGUUUCAGGCCUCUCAAGGCUGA